AUGGCUACUGGUAACGAGCCUGCAGACCCAAUCGCUAAGGGCAUUCGCGCGACUGCUAAGCAGGCAUGGGGAGAUCUCUUUCGAUGGAAGCAAAGGGUUGUCGUCACGAACGGGCUAGGUGAAUCCCAUACCGAGUGGCAAGCCCCUCAGAAAUUCAAGAAUCCUAUCUCGCUAUUCAUGCAGUUGAAUGCUAAGAACUGGAUCUAUUUUGCUGUGGGGAUGUUCGCUUGGACUGCCGAUGCCUUUGAUUUCCACGCGCUGUCGAUUCAAACCGUCAAGUUAUCCAACUAUUUUGAACGUAGCAAGACCGAAAUCACCACAGCUAUCACCUUGACAUUGCUUCUACGAUCCGUCGGCGCCGCUGCCUUUGGUCUGCUCGGUGACCGCUUCGGUCGGAAAUGGCCCAUGGUUUCUAACUUGAUUGUCCUCGCCCUCUUGCAAAUUUCAACGAUUUAUACCACCACGUUCAAACAAUUCCUAGCGGUUCGAUCCUUGUUUGGUAUAAUGAUGGGAGGCGUGUACGGGAACGCUGUGGCCAUGGCAUUGGAGAACUGCCCUAAGGAGGCGCGUGGUCUGAUGAGCGGUAUUCUUCAACAGGGUUAUGCUCUUGGAUAUGUCCUCGCAGCAUGCGCAAAUCUCGGUGUUGGUGGCGCUACAGAUUCUUGGAAGACCGUCUUCUGGAUUGCGGCUGGUAUUUCUUUCGCUGCUGGGCUUCUUCGAUGCUGCUUCCCCGAGUCGAAGCAAUUCAUAGCAGCCAAGGCAGCCGGUCAUCAUAUCUCGGCGAGCGAUUUCUGGAAAGAGACCAAGCUAAUGCUUGCUAAGGAAUGGCGCAUGUGCAUUUACUGUGUCAUUAUGUUAACCUGGUUUAACUUUUACGCACAUUCGAGCCAAGAUAGUUACACGACCUUCCUGUUAGAGUCCAAAGAACUUCCUAACGAUGCUGCUACUCGGGCUAGCAUUCUGAUGAAUACGGGAGGGUGUGUCGGUGGAACUAUUAUCGGCUAUCUAUCUCAAUUCGUCGGUCGUCGUCGAGCUGUGGUCGUUGCUGCACUGAUUAGCUGCUGUCUUAUACCGGCCUGGAUUUUACCUACCACCGAGUCGGGUCUUUCAGCUUCCGGAUUCAUGAUUCAGUUCUUCGUUCAGGGAGCAUGGGGUAUCAUACCUAUCCAUCUCAAUGAGCUUUCACCGCCAGCUUUUCGAUCAACGUUUCCAGGUCUCGCAUACCAAAUCGGAGGUAUGAUUUCUUCUCCAGCAGCCCAGAUUGUUAACGCGAUUGCCGAAAGCCACCUAGUUAAGGGUAAGAAUGGGAAGUUGGUUGAUGGUUAUGGGCCGACAAUGGGUGUUACCCUUGCUAUUUGCGCAAUUGGAAAUGCGAUUACGAUGGCAUUCGGUCCGGAGAAACGUGGUCGAUCCUUCGAAAAUGUCGGGCCAGCUGGUGCUAAUAUUCAUGGUGAUGGUGACAUUGAGAAGGUGAUCGAAAAUGGUUCAAUUACGGACUCAAAGAGUCAUGCGACAGAAGUUGAGAAUAAAGGGGGCGAAGUCUGA